UGAUCUAAUUGCAUGGUGGACAAUCAUCGUCUAUAAUAUUUAAGGAUUUUUUGAAUUGAUAAUAGCAUCCACGAGGAUAUUAUAGAUGUUAUUACCUUCCACGAGAUAAUGUUUUUUUUCUUUUAAAAGAGAAAUUUAAAAGUGCAUGAUUCAUGAUUCAACAGUUUGUUAUAUAAACCAACAAAUAAGUCGGCAACUAACCUUGACUCAGAGACAGAGAGAGAAGUGAGUAGUAGCGUGUGGAGGAGAUGGAUCCGACGACACCGUUGCUUACGGAUAGUGGCCAACCAGAGGAGGAUUACGCUCCGGCGAGAAGCUGGACCGAUGUGAAGCGAGUUCUGUAUACGGAGUCCGCUAAGAUGUGGCUCAUAGCUGCUCCCGUUGGGUUCAACAUCAUCUGCCAGUACGGCGUUAGCUCCGUUACUAAUAUCUUUGUUGGCCACAUCGGUGAGGUUGAGCUCUCCGCUGUCUCUAUCUCUCUCUCCGUCAUCGGCUCCUUCUCCUUCGGUUUCUUGCUUGGUAUGGGAAGUGCACUAGAAACACUCUGUGGCCAAGCAUAUGGAGCUGGUCAAGUCAAUAUGUUAGGAGUUUAUAUGCAGAGAUCUUGGAUUAUCUUAUUCGUUUCAUGUAUCUGCCUCCUUCCUCUUUACAUAUUCGCCACGCCUGCUCUGAGACUACUCGGUCAAGCCGAAGAGAUUGCAGUUCCAGCUGGACAGUUCACCAUUUUAACCAUCCCACAACUCUUCUCACUAGCCUUCACUUUCCCAACCUCUAAGUUCCUUCAAGCGCAGAGCAAAGUUGUCGCUAUCGCUUGGAUUGGGUUUGUGGCUCUUGCCCUACACGUUGGUAUGCUCUGGCUGUUUAUUAUCGUGUUUGGUUGGGGAACAAAUGGUGCUGCUUUGGCGUUUAAUGUUACAAACUGGGGAACAGCAAUUGCCCAAAUUGUUUAUGUGAUUGGUUGGUGUAAUGAAGGCUGGACUGGUUUGUCUUGGUUGGCUUUUAAAGAUAUUUGGGCUUUCGUUAGACUCUCCAUUGCAUCCGCUGUUAUGCUCUGUCUUGAAAUCUGGUAUAUGAUGAGUAUCAUCGUCCUUACUGGCCGCCUUGACAAUGCUGUUAUCGCUGUUGAUUCCCUUUCUAUAUGCAUGAAUGUCAACGGAUUAGAGGCCAUGUUGUUCAUCGGAAUAAACGCUGCUAUAAGUGUCCGCGUUUCCAAUGAGCUUGGACUCGGCCGUCCACGAGCAGCUAAAUACUCUGUCUGUGUCACCGUCAUACAGUCUCUCCUCAUUGGUCUUGUCUUUAUGGUGGCUAUCAUCAUAGCCAGAGACCAUUUCGCCAUCAUCUUCACAAGCAGCAAAGUGAUUCAACGCGCAGUGUCUAAGCUAGCUUAUCUUCUUGGUAUAACCAUGGUUCUCAACAGCGUGCAGCCGGUUAUUUCUGGUGUGGCUGUUGGAGGUGGUUGGCAAGGUUUAGUGGCUUAUAUCAACUUGGGUUGUUACUACAUUUUCGGCCUUCCCUUCGGGUAUCUUCUUGGUUACAAAGCAAACUUUGGAGUGAUGGGACUUUGGUCUGGAAUGAUAGCCGGGACAGCGCUUCAAACAUUGUUACUGUUGAUCGUUCUGUAUAAGACAAACUGGAAUAAAGAGGUGGCGGAGACGAUGGAACGUAUGAAGAAAUGGGGAGGGAGUGAGACGACAUCGAAGGACGUAAUUGCGUGAUUGAUGCUAUUUUUUUUUGUUUUGUUAAGCUUACAAAAAAAAACUUUGUAACUCUGGGCAUUUUGUUUAGUUGUUUUUCAUUGGUUUGGCAACAAUAGCUCUGUUUAGGCUGUAGGAAACUGUUCAAUCAGUGAUGUUCUGUUUCUUUCCCAACAAGAAAAGAAAAAAAAAGAGCAAUUGAAGCAUAAAAAUUCUAGC